ACCGUCGACACCCACUCCGGCAGACAGGAAGUGUGAGCAACUUUUUCCACCAUCCAGCGCUACCUCGACACUUUCCACCGCACCGGUCCGAACUAAUGGGAUUCAUUUCGGUUCACGGGGGCAGCAGCAUCACGUCUAACCGAGAGGAGUGUGUGUCACCUCCAGUUAAAACGCGUAUUAAGCACGGAUUUCCUGUCCGCCUCACAAACGGUGCACUGUCCCUUUAACUGACGGCAGCUGCUCGGUUGGGAAGCUGCAACCUUUUCCACAGACCGAACCCCUCCGCUCACUCAGGACCCAUUCAUAAAUAAGACAUCGCAUGAAGAGGAAGCUCAGAAUAGUCGCGUCUGAUUAUUAUUAUUAUUUUUUUUUUUAAGUCAGUCGGCGAGCGGACCGGAUGCGAGGGGCGAGCAGGAACCAGACAUGUCCACCUCGGUCGGGGGGGAACUGUGUGUCGGGGGCACGGCUGAGAGAGCAGGAGUGACUUCCCAUGGCUGACCCCCCUGCUGAUGGUUUUGACUUCAUGUGUGAGCCGUCAGGAGGCAGCUUGAUCCAGCUCACAGCGUCUGUCCGACCCAGAGAAAUGCUCGUUUCCUCGCACGGUUUGGUGUUUUUUUUGUUUGUUUCUACGUGCUUCCGUUUCACACAACUAGCCCUGUUUUUAGUCUAAGUUCGCCGCCUCCAUCCUCUCCUCUUUUAUUAUUAGUAUUAUUAUCAUUAUUAUUUUAUUGACGUAUAUGAGAGAACACAGCGAGAGGAGCCGAGGACCUGACACACCGAUGGAGCAGUGAGUUAUGGCAGCUCAAGAGGAACUGUACGCCAAAGUGACCCCGCGGAGGCAGCGCCAGACCCGGCCGAGCACCGUCAAACAUGGGUCCACUCUGGACGUGCUGCUGUCCAUGGGCUUCCCCAAGACCAGGGCCUUGAAAGCUCUGGUUUCAACGGGAGGGAAGAACGUCCAGGCCGCCUGCGACUGGCUCUUCUCCCACGUCGAUGACCCGUUCCUGGAUGACCCUCUGCCCAGGGAGUAUGUGUUGUACCUGCGACCCAGCGGGCAGCUUCUUCAGCAGCUCUCGACCUUCUGGCAGCAGUCCCGCCUCUCCUGUGGCAAGAACAAGGCCCACAACAUCUUCCCCCAUAUCACCCUCUGCCAGUUCUUCAUGUGUGCCGACGGGAAGGUGGAGGCCUUGUCUGACGCCCUCCAGACCACCGUGGCCAAGUGGAAAGGUCGUAUAAGCGCGCCCCUGCCACUGGAGCUCUACACCUCCUCAACCUUCAUCGGGCUCUUUGUGGAGGAGCAGGUGGCGGACGUCCUGAAGGUCUUCGCCGCCGACUUCGCCACCGAGGCAGCAGCUAAAGCAGAUGUUCACGUCGAGCCCCACAAGAAACAGCUUCAUGUCACGUUGGCGUACCACUUCCAGGCCACUCACCUUCCCAUUUUGGAGAAGUUGGCCAAAAACGUGGACGUGUCUUCGGGCUGUGACUGGCUGGCCGUGCUCUUCUCCAGGGACAUUCGCUUUGCCAAUCAUGAGACGCUGCAAGUCAUGUACCCGUAUGUGCCUCAGAAUGACGACGAGCUUGAGCUGAUGCCCGGAGACUUUAUCUUCAUGUCUCCGGUGGAGCAGAGCAGUGCCAGUGAGGGCUGGGUGUACGGCACGUCGUUGGGUACGGGGCUGUCGGGCCUGCUGCCCGAGAACUACGUCAACCGCGCCGACGAGUCCGACACCUGGGUUGUCCAUGGGUCUCACUCGAUCCUAAACUGUGCCUCUCCCUCGAUCUCCGGCGGCACUGUGGGCGGGUUAUUGUUCGACGGAAAGUUGAACGACAGUCUGCUCGACAGUCUGAUGGACGCUCCCAGCCUCACCGGCCUCUGCCCUCCCAUGCAGGUGUCGAGGCCGAUCUGCCAGUCCUCCCUGUCCAAGAUGAGACUGUUCGUGUGUCGCCACGGGGAGAGGAUGGAUGUGGUGUUCGGGAAGCACUGGGUCACUCAGUGCUUUGACUCCAAAGGCCGAUACAUUCGCUCCAAUCUCAACAUGCCGUCCAGCCUGCCAGCUCGGAGCGGAGGUCACCGGGACUAUGAUAAAGAUUGUCCGAUUACUGUGUUUGGCUCCACCCAGGCCCGUCUUGUAGGUGAAGCCCUGUUGGACAGCCAUGCGACGAUAGAUUUUGUUUACUGCUCUCCUUCCCUUCGCUGCGUCCAGACCGCUCAACACAUCCUGCAGGGUCUGCAGCAGGAAGGGAAGACAAAGAUCCGCGUGGAGCCGGGACUGUUUGAGUGGACCAAGUGGGUUUCGGGCACAUGUUUACCCGUCUGGAUCCCCCCAGCUGAGCUGGCCACUGCUAACCUGAGUGUGGACACAACAUACAGACCUCAUAUUCCCAUAAGUAAGCUGGUGGUGUCGGAGUCCUACGACACCUACAUCAGCAGGAGCUUCCAAGUCACACGAGAGAUCCUGACAGAGUGCAAGAACCUAGGAAACACGGUCCUGAUCGUGGCCCAUGCUUCCUCCCUGGAGGCCUGCACUCGCCAGAUCCAAGGCCUCACCCCGCAGAACUCCAAGGACUUCGUCCAAGUUGUCCGAAAGAUUCCUUACUUGGGUUUUUGCGCCUGUGAAGAAAUGGGAGAGACCGGGGUGUGGCAGCUGGUCGACCCACCCAUCCUGCCUCUGACACAUGGACCCAAUCACAGUUUCAACUGGAGGGAAAUGCUAAUGCAGGACUGAAGGACAUUCUGUUUUUUGUUUUUUUUUUGUUUUUUUUUGGCUCUCUUAUCUUUUGGCAGCCCUGAACUGCUGAAAAAAAGUAUUUAUUUUUUAACCCACGCGGCUUAAAAACAAAACAAAAAAACAAAACAAAACACGUUUGGCUUCCGUAAAAAAAAAAUUGAAAAAAAAAAAAAGACAUCGUGCAAAAAAAAAAAAGUGCAUUUGUUGAAGCAAAUGUAUUCAGAAGCACUGCUCAGGAAUGAGAAAGGACAGUUUGUGUGGAGAUCACAGCAAAAAAUGAACUACAAAAAUUGGGGUGGCUUUUUUUGUAGCAUCUCCCUCAUCAUUCCACUCCUUUUUAACCCAGAACAUGGAGGUGCUACGAGAAAACCCCAGAUAUUUCCUGACGGUAGAUGAUGAAGCGGGUUUUGUGCCAUGAGCGGGUGUCGUUAAGCUCCGUCUGCGGCUCCUCCUCAGGCCCGGGCGGUGAAGACUUCGUGUUCCGCUGCCUUCUCACACACUGUGACGACAAGAAUUACGACGAGAGAGACUCACCACAGAAAUAUUUUUCCAUGUGUCAGAAAUUAUUAUUAUUAUUUAACUUUGUAGCUACGACCCUCCUGCGAGAAAAAAAAAAAA